AUGGCAUCGUUGAAGCGACUUUCGAGUCCUCAGAUGUACACCAUCGGGUGGAUCACGGCUCUCGACAAGGAACUCACCGCAUCACGAGCUGUGCUCGACGAAGAGCAUUUGAAGCCAGAAAACUUUAGAAAGCACUCAAAAGACACGAACAGCUAUGUGUGGGGGCGAAUCGGAGACCACAACAUUGUCAUCGCUUCUCUGGCUGCCGGAAAGUACGGUACCGUGUCCGCAGCGACGACGGCGUGGAGCAUGAUAAGCUCGCUUCCCCACCUUCGGUUCGGCCUCAUGGUCGGUAUCGGCGCCGGCAUUCCUAGGCUAGCAGACAAAGUCGACAUUCGUCUCGGUGACGUCGUUAUAAGCCAGCCGAGUGGCAUAAGCUCGGGUGUCAUACAGUACGACCUUGGAAAGUUGCAAGGCGAUGGCCAAUUCAAACGCGUCGGCUCUCUCGCGUCUCCGCCCGAGGUACUCCUCAAAGGGCUGACAGCGCUGAAAGCCGAACGAAGGCUCAGCGGACCUCGAACACGCCAAAUUCUGGAUGAUAUGAUCCGACGCCAUCCGUUAUUAGCGGAGACAGAAUCAGAUGAUGCUGCGUUCGUUUAUCAAGGGGUACAAAAUGACAAGUUAUUUAAGGCCUCGUCGAGGCAUAUACAACCCCUGGACCAGGAUAGCGUCAUGCCGCCCGCUUCAACGGUAUUACAAGACCAGAACCGGUUACUUUCUGCUCUGGUCUGGGUUUGGUUGCAUCUUUGGAGGUCGCUCCUUUGGCUUCUCUCAGCCCCUCUUGCUGCUGGUGGUGCAAACGUUGCUAGAGUGAACAACCAAGGUGACGACGCAGACUUAAGAGUCACUCAUUCAAAAUCCUACGCCUAUUGCGAUUCCCAUCAAGAGAUAAAGCGUCGAGAACGACCUUCAUCAGAUCCCGUAGUUCACUAUGGCGUCAUCGCUUCCGGUGACUCGGUCGUCAAGGACGGUAUUUCUCGGGACGAGAUCAGUCGGCGUCUAGGGAACGAGUGUAUCUGCUUCGAGAUGGAGGCAGCUGGUUUGAUGGACAACUUUCCCUGCCUCGUAAUCAGAGGUAUCUGUGAUUAUGCGGAUACUCACAAGAAUGAUCGUUGGCAGAACUACCCCGCUGCGACAGCCGCCGCAUUAGCAAAGGAGUUGCUAGGUGUCAUUGACAGUGACGACGUGGAAGAGUCCUCGAGAAUGGAUGAAAUCAUGGAACAGCACGUGCAACGCAGUCUACAUUUCCAGGAAGUAAUGAAGUGGCUCUCCGCGCCCGAUCCUUCAACCAAUGAUAACAAAGCCUUUAAGCAACGCCAUGAAAACACGGGCCAAUGGCUUGUCGACAGUGAGAAAUACUCGAAGUGGAAGAAGACACCAAAUUCCUCUCUAUGGCUGCACGGCAUUCCAGGAUGCGGAAAGACGAUCCUGAGCUCUGUUGCCAUCAACGAUCUCCGUCAUGCUGAAUUUUGCUUUACGUACCUCUACUUCUACUUCGAUUUCAGCGAUAACAGCAAGCAAUCUCUUGAAAGUGCCUUACGGUCGCUUAUCGCUCAGCUAUACCACAGACAUGAGGAUGCGCAGCAGCAUCUCGACUUGCUUUACUCCUCAAAUGCUCCGCGGCAGCUGAGCAUCGACCAGCUCAGUAUGGUUUUCACAGCCAUGGCUAAGCAAGUCGGCGAAGUAUGGAUUGUUUUGGAUGCUCUAGAUGAAUGUCAGACGAGAACAGGUCGUGACAAUGAAGGCUUGCUGCCUUGGAUUGAGAGCAUUUUAGUCUCGCAGCAAGCCAACAUUCAUCUUCUGGUCACGAGCCGCCCUGAACACGAUAUCAAAUCGACACUGGAGAGACAUAUUGAAAACCAAAUUUCUCUGCAGAGCGACUUAGUAACGGAAGACAUACGUGCCUAUGUUCACGCAAGGGUGACACAGUCGGGAGGUCUAGAGAGGAGGUGGCGUAAACGAAAGGAAAUUCAAGAUGACAUCGAGAAGCAUUUGCUAGAGAAGGCUAAUGGGAUGUUCCGCUGGGCCGCAUGCCAAAUCGACGAGCUUGAGGAAUGUUUGGAUCCUCAGACCCUCAGAGAGACAUUGCAGUUACUGCCUAGGACCCUGGACGAGACCUACGCACGGAUAAUCGAUAGGAUACCUCCUAAGUUAAAGCGAAGCGCAAUACCCGCUUCGUUUGAGGGCCAUAAAGAGAUUUUUCAGUUGCUCCUCAAGGAGGGGGCAGAUGUUAACGCGCAGGGUGGUCACUAUGGUAACGCUCUUCAAGCCGCUUCGGUUGAAGGCCAUAAAGAGAUCGUUCAGCUACUCCUUAGAGAUGGGGCAGAUGUUAAUGCGCUAGGUGGGUAUUGUGGCAAUGCUCUUCAGGCCGCUUCAUUUGGAGGCCAUAAAGAGAUCGUUCAGCUACUCCUUAGAGAUAGGGCAGAUGUUAACGCGCGAGGUGGGUAUUUUGGCAAUGCUCUUCAGGCUGCUUCAUUUGGAGGCCAUAAAGAGGUCGUUCAGCUACUUCUUAGAGAUGGGGCAAAUGUUAACGCGCAAGGUGGUCAUCACGAUAACGCUCUUCAAGCCGCUUCAUUUGGAGGCCAUAAAGAGAUCGUUCAGCUACUCCUUAGAGAUGGGGCAGAUGUUAACGCGCGAGGUAGGUAUUAUGGCAACGCUCUUCAGGCCGCUUCAUUUGGAGGCCAUAAAGAGAUCGUUCAGCUACUCCUUAGAGAUAGGGCAGAUGUUAACGCGCGAGGUGGGUAUUGUGGCAAUGCUCUUCAGGCCGCUUCAUUUGGAGGCCAUAAAGAGGUCGUUCAGCUACUCCUUAGAGAUGGGGCAGACGCUAACGCGCAAGGUGGUCAUUACGGUAACUCUCUUCAAGCCGCUUCGGUUGGAGGCCAUAAAGAGAUUGUCCAGUUGCUCCUCAAGGAGGGUGCAGAUGUCAACGCGCAAGGUGGCUUUUUUAGUAACCCCCUUGUGGCCGCUUCGGUGUACGGUCGUGAGGAAGUCGUCUCCCUCUUACUCAGCGAGGGCAACUGUGACACAGAAGCACAACAUAUUACCACUGGUCGGACAGCCCUUUCAUACGCUGCAGAGAGGGGAGAUGAAUCAAUCUCAGCGAAGCUGAUUACAGAUGGCCAAGCCAAUCCUACUUCGACAGGUUAUGCAGGUCGGCCGCCAUUGUUCUACGCAGCUACAGAGGGCCGUAAUGCGAUGGCUCAGUCGACAUCAACUCUUCUGAUAACUUUGGCCGGACACCACAGUGGUGGGCUAGACGACGUGGACAUGCUGAAGUACUGCGGCUUUUAG